CCUUGUAGUUAUCUUCCUUGGCCGUGUAUGUACUUGUUUUCACGGCUUUUGUCACUCCAAAGCACUCCAAAGUUAUCAUGCUACCAUAUAUACAGUUCAUGGUUGUUGCUGAGAUAUUCAAUUGUUAUUAAUUGUUUGGUUGUCAAAUAGUCGCAAACGUUGAACACAGCUCUCUGCAUGAAAAAUAUCGUGAUGGCACCUGAGGAUUGGUUAAAACUUAUUCAAAGUGCAAAAAAGACUGCUAUUAUUCAAGAUGGCAAAAGAAAAGUUCACUUCUUAAUGGAAGAUGAUAGAGAAAUGGUAGAGGAAUAUCAUUUAGAGACAAAUGUACUUGUCCGAAGGGCUUGGAGAGAAAAGGGUAAACUUGGACAGGAUAUUGGUUGGACAGUAGAAGUUGGAGAUCCUGAACCUAAGAAUCAAGACAAUUUAGAUAUUAGCGGAAUUAGAGAAAGCUCUGCUGCACCCUUUGUGACGAGAAGAGUUACGAAAACUGCUUUAGAAUGGAGAAUAAGAAAUUUAACAUAUCCUAAGCAUAUUUAUUCCGUAAGCGCCGAAGAUGAUGGGUCACUUACAGUCAGGACGAGUAAUAAAAAGUACUUCAAAAAAAUAAUUGUUCCGGACCUGGAACGAAUUGGAUUGAAGCCAGAACAAGACCGAAUUUCUUUCACUCAUCAAUACAACACGUUAAUAAUUACGUACAAAAAGCCACCCUUACUUCUUGAGAUGGAAAAGAAAGUAUUGAAUGAAAUUAUGCAGCUAAAAAGCAGAAAGGAAGGAGACGUCCAAUGCCCUACGAGUUAAUACAAAUUUCUGAGGCUGUUUUUUUGGCUGUUGAUUACUAUGAACUCAGUUCAAUGUUCUCAAUUGACGUUGUUUGUAAUUUUAUUAUAAUAAUAUAUCAUGUAAUUACAAUAAAAGAUUGUAAUAAC